GCUCGGUGUAGUUCACUUUUUCUACUAUAGAUCUGAAUUUCAGUCUCGUUUUUGCCGCGUCGCUCUAAAGGCGGGCUCGCGGGCGUUUUAUAUUGCAUUAUUGUUGUGGACGCGAGCGGCGUCCGGCACCUCUCAGCCUGAGCAGAGCCGGCGUCUUGAGGCACAUGUCUUGCGGACUCCUGAGAGCUGCAACUGAGACGCGAGCGCGAGUGCGACAGGGACGGGGCGCCCUCACGUGUGCCUGUCAUACCCACAACUAUAAUAUAUAGCACACUAAAAUAUUGAGCACAAAAAAAAUCUGGCAAUUCGGAUCCUAGUACCGACGACCGGCAUUCAUAAUUUUACCUCAGGGUCAACUGUACGGCUCCGGUGUUUUUUCCUCGCCGGCUUUUUUAAAUGUUUAUUUUCACGGAGCACGUGGAUUUUUUGAGACAUUUUUGCGGAUCCUCCGCGGACUGCCUUCCGGACGUGUUGUGCCUAGUGUUACCUUAUGAUGUGAUAUAUUUUUAGUGACAUUUAGAUAGGAACAAACUGUGAUUUUUUAUGGUGAUAAAGUUGGCGAAUUUCAAGAUAAAAGGAUAGUAACAGCAGAUUGAAAAUCAAGGAUCUCGAAAAUUCCAUGACAAAUAAAAUAUUGGCGAGAAGGAUAAGACAGAAAAUAUAUAUUUUUAUAAGAUAGUGCCAAAUACCAAUUAGAUACGAUACUGUUAUAUAAUUUAGAUAGAAUUUUUAAUAAUAAUCCAUACAAGAUGAUGGAAGGAAGAACUAUCGACUACAGGCCAGAUGGCGGUGGCUUAGACUAUCACAAUUCGCCAUUAAUGGCCGAAAUACCAGUAGACAAUUACUCUCAUAUACACAGAAGUAUAGAACAUUUAAGAUCUAUAGGUGUGCCUCCACCUUUAGACCACCAUAGACAUCUAGCGACGAAUUUAACAGACUUAAGAAGAUAUGAACAUCCUGAUGAUAUACCAGAGAUAAAACCAUCAGUACUAAGAUUGUCGGAGUUUAAAAAUGGCUUACAAGAUAUAAGGAUGCACAACGACCAAGAGAAUGACGUUCAUCGGCAAAUGACACCUCAGGAUGACGGUCCUAAAGGAUACAGUGCCCCAUCUACACCAUUGUCAGAAAAUGGCGGUCAAAGCAUACCAGAGGAAAAGGUGUUCGGUUCAAAGGCUGACCUACAACUACACACGCAGAUUCAUUUGCGCGAGGCAAAGCCGUACCGCUGCACCCAGUGUCCGAAGGCGUUCGCAAAUUCGUCGUACCUCGCUCAGCAUUCGCGCAUCCACCUCGGCAUCAAACCCUACCGCUGUGAGAUCUGCCAGCGCAAGUUCACACAACUAUCGCACCUGCAGCAGCAUAUCCGCACGCACACCGGCGACAAACCCUACCGCUGCACACAGAUCGGCUGCACCAAGGCCUUCUCUCAGCUCUCCAAUCUGCAGAGCCACAGUCGCUGCCACCAGACCGACAAGCCUUUCAAAUGCAACUCCUGUUACAAAUGCUUUACGCAUGAAAAGGACCUGCUCGAGCACAUUCCCAAACACAAAGAGUCGAAGCAUUUGAAGACCCACAUCUGUCAGUAUUGCGGCAAGAGUUACACGCAGGAGACUUACUUAAGUAAACAUAUGAACAAGCACGCGGAAAGGGCGGACAAGCGGCCGCCGAUAUCCGCGCUUGGCUUGAGCGGCUUGAAUCGGUCACUAGCGGCAGCGGCGCCGACUGCAGCCCCGUUCGGUGAGCAUCCCUACUGGCCCAAGGUGAGCCCCGACUCUGCGGCGCACAUGUCUGACGAGAGUGGGUACCACCAGCAACGCGAGAACGACGACCACCACGAGCAGCAGCUGCAGCAGCAACGCGCGCUGUUCGCGCAACACGACGGCCAGGACGACCGCAUCCAGCCGCCAGUCUCCUCCGCCGCCAACUCCGCCUUCACGCCUAUCAACUCGAUGGCACCGCACCUCAACGGCCUGUCUCACCACAGCGCCCUGCCGACGCGACCGUACCUCUACGAUCCACUACACUUCCAGCAGGGCAAGCAGCAGCCUAACUCUUUCCCGAACCAGUUGAUAUCGCUUCAUCAAAUUCGAAAUUACGCGCAUCAACCGUCGGCGUUGCUGCCCGCCGAGCACAUCCUGCCGCACUCCCUAGCGCACAAAGACAAACAGUAAACUAACUUGCCCUUUUAUCUGUAGGCGUACCUACAUUAUAGUACUUAUGAUGGUAUUACUAGUAUUUAAAAAAAUAUGAAAUAUUAUUAACAAAAAAAAAUUUAGAAUCUCUCUAUCGAACACUGGUAUUAUAAAUGUAUGAAAUACAAAAACUCGUUUAUCGUUAGUGAGAGAUACGUUCAAUGUUUUUUAGACUCUAAUCAAAAUUGUGUAUGAAUACUCUGAAUUUUUAUCUACUAGAUGACGAUUGUAAUCGAGACUAAAUUGUGAUUCUAAAUAAAAGCAAAUUUUGUGCCCUUUAUUUACUAGUUCUUGGUAUAAAAGCGAAAUGUUUAAAGAAGAUAAGAAAUCUAGAACUGGUCAAUAAAUGGUGCAAAACGAAAAGCUUGUACAUGAAUGAAAAUUUUGAUUCAUCAAUUAGCAAAUGCUAUUCUAAAUUAAUACGAGUCUGGUUAUUGUGACAUUUUUCUGAUAUAUACGUGAUUAUAUUUUUAUAGUGACACCUUUCAUUUAAUUAUCGUCUUUAAUACGGUGUCAUAAAGUUCAGAGUUCCUGACAUUUAUUCAUAUAUAAAAUUCCACUUUACAUCAAGAGUACUAUAUAUUUCUGUUGCAUUUCAUCGUACACAAUAAAUGUAUUUUGCUGACAGCAGAUCUCUCAUCACAUUUGCACUCAGUUCCUAUUUAGAUCGAAUAAUUCCUUGUUUUUAUUUAGCUUUAUUCAAAAACACUUAAUGAAUUAUUUGAUAUGAAUAAUUCUAGAAAAUAUAGUCUUCCUUCAGAAUUGGUAUUAUCUUUGAAAAUCUUCUUCCUUGAUUUUGGAGGUCGAAUAUAUUUUUUAUUAGCAUUUGUAUUUUGUAACCAUCAAUGUGUGGCCAAAAUUGUUUUUUUUUAUCAGGAGAAAGCGCACUUGUACAUAGUAUUGUGUAAAUAAAUCCAUUUUGAGGAUAUUUGAAUACUUAUUGAACAUUUAUUUUUCAAUUUAAGUCUUCAAAGCUUAUGCUCAAUUUUAUUAGACGUAAGAAUCUCCUCUGGGUCCUGAUGUUCGGAAUUUUCUUCCGUACAAUUCAAGAAUUUAAGAAACAUUUUUUGAAUUGUAAUUUUUUUGAUGAUUUUAAUGAAUUUGUACUUAAAAUGUUUCCGUUGACGGUUGAAUAUGAUUUUGUAUACGAAAUUUUCAUUUUUUUUUUUGUUGAUUAUGUCUUAAUGAGGAGAGGUUUAGAGAAAAUUGUGAUAGGAAAAGUGGGUGAAAAAUGUUCGGAUGUACUUUCUAAAUUAAUUUGCUAUAUAAGUUUAAAAUUUGUUAGGUUGUGGUAUAUGUGAUUCGGACAUGGGUUCCGUAAGUAAGAAAUCCGUUACGUCACAAAGCUAGCCAAAUAUAAGCUUUCGUUUAACUUUUUAAUGUUAUUCCCAACUUGGAUUUACGGCAAUAUAUUUUCUUCCGAAUUGUUUUAGCAUAUAUCAGGGAGACGUUAUUCGUAUAAUACGAUCAUGACAAGCCAAGAUUUUUUUUUAUCCAAAUGUUUUUUUUUCUUUCGGUUGUAAGGGAAAUUAGAAUCGCCAAUAUCUCUCUAUUGUAAGUAGAAAUGUGAUAUUGUAAUUUGAUUUUUUUUUAGUUAAGUGUAAACUUAUUGCUACGUUUAAAUAUAUUUUUGUAAGUAAUUUUCGUUUUUAAUAUAGUUUCGCUUUAUCUAGGCGUUCUCGUUUAAGAUUAUAGAUCAAAGUGAACGGAGUUUUUUGUUACUUAAAAUCAAUUAAAAAUUAAUUACAACU